AAGUAAUCUCAGACUUCCCGGUUUCUUUAAACGAGUGCAACCGGUGUGCAUAUACAUUCUCACGGAGCAAAACGUGAAAAUGAAUUUUUACAAAAUGUGUGUCGCUGUUGGGUUAUUAGCCCUUUUACACGCAGCAUAUUCAGCAGCGCAACAUAGAUCAUACCUACGUCUCACAGAACAGGACUUUACUAGGUUACCAUGGGAUAUAUUGAUUCAGUGUAUAUUAUCUCUUCUACUUGUUAUACACGGUGUUGUACACAUAGCUGGGUCUUUCAGAGAAAUACGUGCCAGUGCUGACCUUGAUCAUAAAACAUGGGAUAUGCUUGGUAACAGACAAGGAUUUCUUUCAUUCAAUCACAGAGGGAAGGCUUUAUAUAGGGCAACAUCGGAUGAAUGAUGAAGAGAUGAUUUUAUAAGAGACGUUUUAAUGAGAAGUAUUUAAUACAUAUGUAGGAGAUGACAAGGCAGAAUUGUAGAGAAUUGUGCAAUAUUGUAAGGAAUUUAAUUGAAAGAUUCAUAUCUGUGCCAUGCACAGUGAUAACAUGGUUGGUUGUCAAAAAAAAGAAGAUAAGAUAUGCAAGGUACUGACUGUUAAAUUUAUAAUUGUUGAUAGCUUAAAAUAAGCUAGAGAAGUAAAAAAGUAUUGUUAUUUAGGGUCAUUUUUGGGAUAUCAGGGCACUAAAUCGGCUGAUCUUUUUUCAACAGUGUCAGAGUGUAUUAGAGAUUUGUUACUGAAAAUUUUUAAAACAGCACAUAAACUGUGGAUAAAUCCCAACAUUUUUGUUUUCACUUAUGAGAGCACUAGCUUCUGUUUGUUUACAUAAUGAAAACAUGGUAAAAUUAUUUUAGAGAACAUUAUGAAAAAUUAAUAGUGUAAUAAAAUUCUCAGGAGGUAUUAAUUUAAAAUGUGCCAUCACCACAUGAUUAUUUGGUGUUUUCCAAAAAAUAUAGAAAUUUUAUAAUUUAAGUUAUAUGUUGUUAAUCAGUGCUUUAUUAUUCCAGUUCAUGUUUUUAUGUCCCUGCAUUUUUGGAAUUUUUGGGAGAUAUUGCCUUAGUACUGUCAAUAUGAUAGAGUGUGCUCAAUAAAAGUAUGACUUAGAACUCCAAAGUUAUUUGACCUUAACCUUCAAAGUCAGAUGUUCAAAAUUUUAAAAAUUUCAAAGUAACUUAUAUAUCCAUUCAUUUUAUCUAUCAAUAAAUAGGUUUUGAUUUUUUAAUUUAAAAGGAAAUUGCUCACAGAUUUCUUCGUCAGAAUGAAAUAAUAAGCAAGAGAGUGUUAAUGUUUUCAUAUUUAUGUUUUUGUAUAUUGUAUCAAGAAUGUUCUAAAUCAGCUGUGUUUAGCUUUAAUUUUUGUUUUGUAAAUUCUGUCUAAACAGUGUAACAUUAUUCUUGUUUAUCCUCUAAUGUUAUUCAAUUUUUCUUUAUGAAUUUGUACUUAAAAUAAAUGGAUACACAGAC